AUGCCCCAACUCCAAAUUAAAACUACCAUUUUAGAUAUCGAAACCAAAUCUGACAAAAAUAAUAACCCUUACUUCCGCCUUAGUUUACAAGGCUUACCCGGUCAUUAUUUUUACGCCUUUAGUCAAGAUUACAAUUUAAAAAACGCCACUACUUUACACACUCUAACUGAGGCUCCACUCAAUUUUAUCAAUCGUCCAGUCUUGAUUACUUAUGAAGAAAUAAAAGGGAGAGAUAAUUUGCCCCUUUGCCAAAUAAAAAAUCAAGUUAACCAAAACCCAGAAUCAGACUGCUGUGAACGAGGUUGCUCUGAGGAAGAACAUUUUAACCCCCAGGGAAUUUGCCAAAGGCAAAGAUUACAAGAAUGA